ACAGACUGCUGGACCUCACCUCUGCACCCCUGUUUUGACGGGCUGAACGGGGAGUUGGCACAUGCCUUCCUGCCGCCCCGUGGGGAGAUCCACUUCGACAACCAUGAGUUCUGGGUGCUGGGCAGGUCUCGCUUCAGCUGGAAACAGGGGGUGUGGCUGAACGACCUGGUGCAGGUGGCCGCCCAUGAGAUCGGCCACGCCCUGGGGCUCUGGCACUCCCGCCAGCCGCAGGCGCUCAUGCACCCCAACGCCACGUACACCGGCCAGCGCACCAUCUCCCGCGACGACGUCUGGGGCAUCCAGCGGCUUUACGAGCCCCCACCAGUGGACACCACAACGGCAUCCCCUGCCUCCAAAAUCAAGACCAAGCUGGUGCCCCGGGGCAAGAUUGUAAACUUCCGCUGUGGCAACAGGGCAAGCAGAGUGCCCCCUAAAGUCAGCUGGUAUAAGGAUGGGGAGCUGCUGUCUUCCUCUGUCCCGGGCUACAUCUCCAUGAAGAACCACGAACUGCGUAUUGUUGCUAACGAGUUUAACGAGGGCCAGUACACCUGCCGUAUCCUGCGCCAGGGUACCAUUAUCACAGCGAACUCUUGGAUAAUCCGACUGAAGCCAGAAGAGCUUAGCAGCUGAGAAAGAGAGAGGCUGCACAAGCAACAGCCUUUCCCCAGAGGCGGUGCGCAGAGAGGCUGCAGUCCAAGCACUGGACACACCUGGACUCAGCUGAACUUUUGUCACAAAUGCAUCUUGGUGGGUUGGCAAAGGACUUUGGCAGCACCCAGGACACAAUGAGAUGAAAAGAGACAGGAGAACCUCGCACAAGCCUCCUGGGUCUGCUUAGCCUUAGGGCUUCUGCACCAGCGAUAACACAACGUGAUUCUGGCUUUCCUCUGUUGGUCAGUUUAUAAUUACGCCCCAGGUCAUAGGUUAUAGCUUGUUACGACUUAUACCACCAUCUGGUGGUCAAAUGAACAACAACUUGUAGAGGACAGGGUCCAUGCAUUCUGAAUAAAAUAUACCUGCACUGUU